UUUGUCAAGUUGGACUGGACUGGUUUCAGUAAAUAUUGGGCCCAAUCCAAUAUUUUGAGGCCUAAUAGAAUUGAAUUUUGAACAAGGGACGAGAAUCGAGUCUGCCUGCGUUCACCACCACUUGCAUCUCCAUCGCCAUCACAUUCAGACUUGUACUAGAAAUAACAUCCAUGGAUCCGCAGGGCCAGACAACUUCUUUGCAGCGACUUCAGAAUGUGGAAAAGGUACAUUUUCAUAGCAUUAAGAAGAAGCAAUGUUGCUGGCUGUUUGUUCUAAUUUAUUUUGUUCUUGGUUAUGUGCAGAGAAUUGUGAAGGUUUUAGAGCUUGCGGGAGGAGUCAUGGAUGAGCUUGCAAGCCCACUUGGUCCCCGGAAAGAUGUGGUCCAAAAUCACUGCCUGGAAUUCAUGCAAUUAAUCAAGGACAUCCAGGUGGCGUUGCGUGAUGAAAUCAAAAGUGCUUGUGAAUAUCGCCCUUUUGAGAAAUGUGAUUAUGGUUCAAGAAUAGCCAAUGAGAUUUGUUACCAGAAGGUGGAAUUUGUCAUGUCACAAUUGGAUGCCAUGAAACAAACUAUAGAUGAGUAUCAUGCAGCAGUCUGAAAAUGAUGUAGUUUAGUCCCUUUUGGAAGCCAGUUCUACGUCCUGGUUUAAAAAUUCAGUGAUUUGAGGUUUCUUGAUACAGGACAAGUUGUUUAUGGAUAAUAGAAGAUAUUAAAUUCGAAGAGAUUUUCUACUAUUUGCUUCUCACAAUGCUUGUAUGACUUCUUUUUAUCUAGUUCAUGGACUAUUUGGACAAUACA